GAGGAUGAAGAGGAGGGCGUGCCCGCAAAGUACGUUCAAGCCCUCCAGGAUUUUGAGCUGACCACCGUGCCCUCUGAGGACAGCCUCUUCAAAUCUGCCACAGCAGACAAAGAGCGGGGCAACCAGCUCUUCAAGCUCAAGGACUACGAGGCCGCCUCGGAGUUCUACGGCACCGCCCUGGCGCGCUUCGCCGCACGGCCGGUGGGUCGCGGUGAGCAGGUGCUGCUGAGGCGACAAGAUCACGACAAGGAGGGAAAGUCUGCGCUCGCCUUGGCCACGGUUCUGUCCGUGGACUCCGAGGGCCUGUGCGAGCUGUCCAAUGGGGCAGAGCUGCCGGCUUUCUGCCUGAACUUCACAGUUGAGGAGCCGUAA